UUAAAUUAAUUUGAAAUCAGUAUAAAAAUUAUCGCCGAUAUUGUAUUAAAAAAAAACAAAUUCGAAUUAACUUUUAUUUUUUGAGAGAUACGUUUUCUAUUUGCUGUUAUAUAUGAACGUUUUUAACGAGAUUGAAAUGGGCAGAAAAGAAAAAUAUUAUGCAGCGAUCUAAAUGAUAACGUAAUAAGUCACCGGUUACGAUUAUAUUCGAUUGUAUUCACAUAUGCAGGCUUAGGUGUAUCAUAGUUGCGUUAUUUACAUUCCAUGCUAUAAUUAUGUCUCUUUCUCGGAUGUGCCAGUUAUGAUUAAGAGAAAUACAAACCACAAAUUUCCUGUUGUACAAUAUUCCGGAAAUGGUCUUUUCACUUUCCUUACUUUUAUACAAUGUAUUAAGGGAAUUCUUAAUCUUAUUAUAUUGUGUAAUAUUGCACUUCAAUUUCCGCUUUUCUGAUUAUAUACUAUUGAUGUAAUACUAUAUAGUUGAGAAAAACAAAAAUUUAACAGCGUUUUUGAUAAAAAUACUUUAAAAUUUAGUUUUUAUAAGCCUGCCACCAUGUGAAUCCAAUCGAACAAUAUAAUUAAAACUGAUGAUUUUUUACUGUCCUAAAAUUAAAAGGAUACACAACGAAAGGUGUAACAUAUAAUAAAUGUAACUAUAUGAAAGGGUGCGUGUCCAGAAAUCACACUGGUAAUUAUACGAAUUGCAUUAUGCAACUUUCUUAAUUCUCGAGUGACGUAACAACAGCUGCCGUUGAUUCGCGGAGGAGAGAAAAAGUAAAAACCUGGACCAGUUCCCCUUGAUCAUUCGGAGGAGACCCCACCAUGCCAUUGCAACAGCGAUAUUCUAAUGUUUUAGUACCCCACUUCUUGCACUUGUUCAAUUCCGAAAGUGGGAAGCACUUCGGGCAUACUUUAAACGAUCACGAUUGCGGUCGUUCAGUUCUAUGGGAGCAUUGGAUCACGUGAGAACGAUCACUGAAAUCGAAAGUUGUUUCGUAAAAAGAUUGAUUAUCACACCCUCUCGAGCAUCGGCCAGUGUGGAGAUCGGUGACGUCUUAAUCUUUGUUUGAGAAUUAGAACAAAAACAGCUUUUUUACAUCGUUACUUCGUGAAACAAAAAUUGCUAAUUCAAAUCGAAUUGUGUCGCAACGUAAUCUUCCUGUGUCGCACGAUCUUGCAGGAAGAGGGAAGAACGUUCGGGAAUCGCGUGAGUUUGUUGAGUGAACUACGCGAACUAUCUAGGAUGAACUAGUGAAUUAUUAUCGUCACGUGAUUUCGCGAGAUAAAUUCCAAAGAGCACACGAGGGAAUGUGUAAUUUACAAGAUUACACUGCUAAUGCACAAUAAGAAAAGGACCAUUAUGCAAGAUACACUUGACUUCUCAAUGAACGUCACCGUGCCGCCUGAAACAUUCGACAGAAUGUCUAACAUCUAUAACAACUCCGUAGUGCGAUAUUGGCAAUUUUUGUUCCAUGAUUUAUCGGAUCCUCGGACCAGAGACUGGUUUCUCAUAUCGUCCCCUGUACCUGGCCUUAGUAUCUUGAUCGGCUACCUCUAUUUCGUAUUGUCAUGGGGUCCGAGAAACAUGGCACACCGAAAGCCGUAUCAACUAAAGAACAUUCUAGUUGUUUAUAACUUUUUGCAGAUUCUUAUUAGUACAUGGUUAUUUAUGGAAGGUAUGGAUGCCAUAUUGUUCCAUAAUUACAGCUUGACAUGCGAGGGAGUGGAUUUUUCGUACAACCCGUAUCCUCUAAGAGUCGCAAGAGACAUUUACAUUUAUUUUCUGGCGAAACUCACGGAGCUUCUCGACACGGUGUUCUUUGUAUUACGCAAGAAGGAAAAGCAAAUCACAUUUCUUCAUAUGUACCAUCAUACCGUGAUGCCAAUGAUAUCAUGGGGCGCUACGAAAUAUUAUCCCGGUGGUCACGGCGUCUUUGUAGGGAUUAUGAACAGCUUUGUGCAUAUCAUCAUGUACACUUAUUAUCUUCUAGCAGCAUUGCUACCUCACCAUCAGCACAAACGGUAUCUCUGGUGGAAGAAGUACAUUACUAACCUACAAAUGAUCCAAUUCUGUAUGGCCUUUCUGCACAGUUGCCUAUUGUUGUUCUAUGACUGCAACUAUCCGAAAUGGUCGGUUGUUCUUGUACUGCCGAAUGCGACGUUCUUCUAUUUCCUUUUCUCGGACUUCUACGAUAAUGCUUAUACCCCCAAGAAAGAAAAUGAAGGCGUAACGCCGUCGAUCCAGAAAUCGACCAAAGCAAACGGCGUCGUGGAGAAAGUAAGCAGCCACGAGAUACCGAAUGGAAAAGGGAAAAGUGACUAA